GAGCUCUUCGGCAAGUGGGCGGAGCUUUCGUUGCUCCACCCCUGACCUCAACGCUGACGGAGAGGUUAAAGGUCAAAGGUUCUAGCUGGAGCAGACAUGGCGGCGAUGUGUCGGACCCGAGCCUUGACUUCCGAGAGUCAUUUCCUGCGCGUGUUCCUCUUCUCUUGGCCAAGUCGAGGCGUAGGCACUGAGAGUCACUUCGGUAGUGAGAGUUUUGAGUUUACGGAGUGUAGAACGCGCCCAGGCGGCUUCGCGAGUGCCCUGGAGCGGCUGUCGGAGCUGCAGCACAAGCAGGAGCCUGGGCGGACGAGGGGCUCUCUGAAAAAUGUGGAAUCCUUUGCAUCUAUGCUAAGACAUUCUCCUCUCACUCAGAUGGGACCUGCCAAGGAUAAAGUAGUCAUUGGACGAAUCAUUCAUAUUGUGGAGAAGGAUCUUUAUAUAGAUUUUGGCGGCAAGUUUCAUUGUGUGUGCAAAAGACCAGAAGUGGAUGGAGAGAAGUACCAGAUAGGAACCAGAGUCCGGUUGCGGCUGUUAGAUCUUGAACUGACAUCUAGGUUCCUGGGAGCAACAACAGACACAACUAUACUAGAGGCUGAUGCAGUUCUCUUAGGGCUCCAGGAGAGUAAAGACGCCAAAUCAAAAGAGGAACAUCAUGAGAAAUGAAUCAACUUCGCUUAGUGCAUUCACUCCUUUAUAUAACCUGGAUAAUCAUCAAGAUUACAUUUAGAAAAUUGUAAGUAAAUGAUUGAAAGAAGACAUAAUGAGAGUUAUAGCUCUUAUUUGUUAGAAUUUUCUUUAGCUGUAUCUCCCUUCCUCUUUUUUAUACCUAUUUUUCUGUUUGUGAUAGUGUAAACUAUACUGAGAAAUUCUGUUAUUGAAUAAAUAUGUUUUGAGUAC